UCAAAAUCAAGCAACCCUCCGCCUUGAGAAGAGAUCUCCGUUUCGUGAUUCCGAUGAAAGGUUAUGAAAUGACGCACUUUCCACCAUCACAAAUUUUACUAUUCUUCAGCUCAGUAAACACUCACAUAAUCCUCGCAUCGUCGAUGAACUAAGACGCGAUGUUGAAGGGAUUUUUCCUUGGGCUGGCUGCCUUUGGGGCAGUAGUCCUUGCUAUCCUCCUGUAUGGGGUUUACAAUACUUUUAUACACCCACUGCGUAGCUACCCAGGGCCGCCGCUUUGGAAGGCUUUCAGACUCCCCUACGUCAUUUCAAUCCACCGAGGUGACAUGCACCGGCGGCUAAAAGAAUUCCACGACAAGUAUGGACUCAUUGUUCGGAUUGCUCCAAAUGAACUUUCCUACGCAGAUGGCCGAGCAUGGAAAGAUAUUUACGCGAACCGGCCAGGUCAUUUACCGUUCAAACGGAAUCCGACAUGGUUCCAGAAGCUGAAGGCCGAUGAUCCGAAGUCCAUCAUGGGCCCUGACGAAGACGCCCACUCCCGAAUUAGGAGAGCGUUUGCAAACUCAUUUUCUGAGAAGAGCCUCAAAGAUCAAUCGCCCAUAAUUGAGAGGCAUGUGGAAGGCUUCAUGAAUCAACUCAAAUCUCCCACUUCAGGCAGACUAUGGAAAGAGAAAGGUAUUGAUCUAGUCAAAUGGCUCAACUUUCUAACGUUCGACAUAUCUGGAGACCUGUCCUUUGGAGAGUCGUUUGAGAGUGUUAAGAAUGGCAAAGAGCAUCCUUGGGUCGCCAUUGCGCAAGAUUUCGGCAAAGGACUUUCACUUAUCACAACCGCUAAUUUGUAUCCUCCGUUGAAUAAAAUGCUUCGCUACAUUCUACCGAAGAAGAUUAUUCAACGGCAGAUUGAUCACCGUGCAAUGAGCGCAGCCAAGGCUCGGAAACGGCUAGCGAUGGAUACCGACCGACCCGAUUUAGUGACUCUGGUAAAGAAAUACAACGACAAGAAAAUGGCUCUCAGCGAUAAAGAAUGGGAGAUCAAUAUGACAAUGAUGAUAUUUGCGGGCAGCGAGACAACUGCCAGUGCACUCUCUGCGAUAUUUCGCGAACUAGCGCAGAGUCGUGGAGUUAUCUAUAGCCUGACUCAAGAAAUUCGAGAGGCGUUCCAAGAAGAGAGCCAGAUUACAAUCGCGUCGACUAGAGACCUGCCAUAUAUGAAUGCCGUUAUUAAUGAAGGCCUGCGACUCGAUCCAGCCGUUGUGGUUGGAGUGCCGAGGGUUGUCCCUAAAGGCGGCGAUACAAUUUGCGGGAAAUGGGUAUCCGAAGGGACAUACGUUGCUUUCAACCAAUUCUCAGCAAACAGGUUGGAGCGCAAUUUCCACUAUCCCAACUCGUUCAUCCCUGAACGAUUCUUGACUAAGAGCCUGGGGAGGGAUGAUUUAUCAACCUUUCAGCCCUUCGGAAUCGGUAGGCAUUCGUGUAUUGGAAUGAAACUCGCAUAUGCCGAGAUGCGUCUCAUCAUCGCGCGGUUGCUAUACUCGUUCGAUCUUACCUUAGCAGACGAAAAGGAUCGAUGGGAUUGGGGGGGUCAGGCGACAUACAUGUUCUGGGUAAAGAGGCCAUUGCAAGUCAUUUUGCGUCGGAGCGGACGGACUUGAAUAGGGUAAGGUUGACGAACAGGGACUAUCUACUGGCCAUCAUCCUUUGUAUUCUCAGACAUCAAUGAAUGUGCACG